CUUAUGCAAGCUAUUAAAUGUGUAGUUGUUGGUGAUGGUGCAGUCGGUAAAACCUGCCUUUUAAUUUCAUAUACCACAAAUGCUUUUCCAGGCGAAUAUAUCCCAACCGUAUUCGAUAAUUAUAGUGCAAAUGUAAUGGUUGAUGGAAAACCAAUAAAUUUAGGAUUAUGGGAUACUGCAGGUCAAGAAGAUUAUGAUAGACUUCGUCCAUUAUCAUACCCACAAACUGAUGUUUUCUUAAUUUGUUUUAGUAUUAUCUCUCCAUCAAGCUUCGAUAAUGUUAAUGGUAAGUGGCACCCAGAAAUCUGCCACCAUGCUCCAAAUGUUCCAAUCAUUUUAGUUGGUACUAAGUCUGAUAUGAGAGAGGAUAAAGAAACUCUAGAUAGAUUAAAAGAAAAGAAACUUACAUCAAUUUCAUAUGAAAUGGGUCUUGCUAAAAUGAAAGAAAUAAAUGCCGUCAAAUAUCUUGAAUGUUCAGCUCUUACCCAAAAAGGCCUUAAAGCUGUUUUCGAUGAAGCUAUUCGUUCUGUAAUUAAUCCAGCCGUUAAACCAAAAAAGAAAAGCUCAUCAUCAUGUAAUAUAUUAUAAAAUAGUAACCCCAAAAUUUAUUAUUUUAAAUUCCAAAAAAAAAAAUUUAUUCUAAACAUAAUAAUAAACAAUCUUUAAAAACUUUUAUUUAUU